CAGACCCCCGAUACAACGAAGAAACAUCACGACGUGGAUUUCACACAGAAAGCGCGGAAGCCCCCAUCGACCCCAUGACGUUGACCGAUCUAAUCCAAUGAGAAUUCAGGCGUCGUGUACUUGCGCGUCAUUACGGAAAGCAUAGAGGAUCAAACAAAGUCUAGAGUAGAAAAAAAAACAAGAAGCAAGAAUUUCUUUUCACGCUCAGGGUUGCUCACAACUCUAACUUUCGGCUAUAUUUCUUCAGAUCACAGGUGAAGCCCCACCAUGAUUCUUUGGAGAGAGAGCAGAACCCCGAGGGCAGCUCUGGGCUUUCUGCUGUUCUUCGCUUUUUUAUUGUCAACUCACGCCCACCAAGAGAUCACAGAGGGUCACCGGCUAGACAAAAAUAUGGUCCAGGAUAAAGAUCAUAUCAUGGAGCACCUGGAGGGAGUCAUAGAAAAGCCAGAGUCGGACAUGACGCCUCAGGAGCUGCAGCUGCAUUACUUCAAGAUGCACGAUUACGACGGCAACAACCUGCUUGACGGAUUGGAGCUGGCGACCGCGAUCUCGCACGUGCACAAGGAGGAGAGAGGAGCAAACAGUCAGCCGAUGAAAGAGGAAGAUCUCAUCAGUUUGAUAGACGACGUUCUUAGAGAUGACGAUAAAAACAACGAUGGCUACAUCGACUAUGCGGAGUUUGCAAAAUCGCUGGAGUAACAAGUUGGUGGAGGAGACGAUCGAGCGGUGAAAUGUGUUCCGACGCACAGCAGUCUUGCAUUUUUGAAAUCUUGGAAGUUAAUGCAACUUAAUUUUUGCAGUUAAUUCAUAGGAGCUAGUGCAGUCUGAUUCAGUGGUUUGCGCUAGCUGAAAUACCAGCAGAAACAUUCACUUAAUCUAGUAUACUGCCAAACAUGUCGUCUUUGUGCAAUAAAGUGCUGUAACAAUUUACUGAAAUACUGGUGUUAAUGAAACUGUUUUGCGACAGCAAGUCUGUGAAUUUUGGGCUGUUGGCAUUUACACUGUGUUAUCGCAGGAAUUGUCACCAUCUGUAUAGUCGUUAGCAUACGCUGAACAAUACUGGCAGGAAAAUGUAGAAGACGUGUUGCACAUCCAGAUCUUAACUAGGACCGUUGCUGUAACCAUGUCAUAAUUAUGCGACUCCGUGAAACCCGGUGUGUUUGCGAUGUAGCGUCGAAUACUAUUAUGAUCACCAAGUUGUAUUACUAAGAUCAGAUAUAUGUUAGAGGACCUGCGAUCAGAUACGGCGUGUGCGCUGCGUGUUCCGUCCGCAGUCAACUGUGCGGCAGGACUCGGCUACACAUUCUUGCCGCCAGAUGGCAGUGUACUAUACUAACCAUUACAGUUUAGUGGCGGUUUUUGGCAUUUAGGUGGUGACAUAAUGUAUGGGAAGUUAUUUAUAUUUUAAAAAUGUUUCUCUGCAAUCGCUGUGAUAAUGCGAAACGAGAUGGUCAGCUUGGUGCAUCGAACUUUGUCGCAUAACUGGGUUAACUUGACAUGGAAAGCAAGACCACUGUGUUUUAAAAUAGACGCAUGAUGUUGCAUUUGAGUAUCAAUUAUGAUGUAAACUACACAUAUCAAUGUUGCUGUUCAUGCAAUAAGCCUUCGAGAAUAAUUGUCAUUUGUAAAAAUUAGUUUUCUACAGUAUAACCAAAACAGUUUGUUACAGUAAAUAUAUUUUCAGGUAGUUUAUUUUUUUUUCUGAUUUCACAGUGAAACUGGGCUACAUUAAAAAACUAUAAACUGUAAACUGAAAUGUGACAUUGUAUGUAGAAAAUGUCAGUGUUUUGUGUAAAUCACAGUCGCAAUAAAAGGUCAGCUAUCAUAUAA